UGCUUGCUAGGAGGAGUAGGUCUGUGACAGAAACUAGGUGGAGACGGCUGAGAAGAGUCGAAUACAGGGAGUUUGAGACAACUACCCUCUGGCAGGGCCGGGUCUGGGUGCGAAGGGUACCGCGGCCGCGGGGCUUGACUGGUGGGACCGUGGGGGAGCCUGGUGUGUGAGGUGCCCGACUUCAGUAAUGCACCGCAGUCCUCCGGGAAGCCGGGAAGCCAAGCUGCGCGGGACCGCUUCGUGCCACGGACAGGUUUAUAGCCCGCCAGAAUGAACAGGAAGAAAGGAGACAAGGGCUUUGAAAGCCCAAGGCCAUAUAAAUUAACCCAUCAGGUCGUCUGCAUCAACAACAUAAAUUUCCAGAGAAAAUCUGUUGUGGGAUUUGUGGAACUGACUAUAUUUCCUACGGUUGCAAACUUAAAUAGAAUCAAGUUGAACAGCAAACAGUGUAGAAUAUACCGAGUAAGGAUCAAUGAUUUAGAGGCUGCUUUUAUUUAUAAUGAUCCCACUUUGGAAGUUUGUCACAGUGAAUCAAAACAGAGAAAUCUCAAUUAUUUUUCCAAUGCUUAUGCAGCUGCAGUUAGUGCUGUGGAUCCUGAUGCAGGAAAUGGAGAACUUUGCAUUAAGGUUCCAUCAGAGCUGUGGAAACACGUUGAUGAGUUAAAGGUCCUGAAGAUACACAUCAAUUUUUCUUUGGAUCAGCCAAAAGGAGGUCUUCAUUUUGUGGUACCCAGUGUAGAGGGAAGUAUGGCAGAGAGGGGUGCUCAUGUUUUCUCUUGUGGGUAUCAAAAUUCCACAAGAUUUUGGUUCCCAUGUGUUGAUUCAUACUCUGAACUAUGUACAUGGAAAUUAGAAUUUACAGUAGAUGCUGCAAUGGUGGCUGUUUCCAAUGGAGACUUGGUGGAGACAGUGUAUACCCAUGAUAUGAGGAAGAAGACCUUUCAUUACAUGCUUACCAUUCCUACAGCAGCAUCAAAUAUCUCCUUAGCCAUUGGACCUUUUGAAAUACUUGUAGAUCCAUAUAUGCAUGAGGUUACUCAUUUUUGUUUACCCCAACUUCUUCCAUUGCUUAAGCAUACUACAUCAUACCUUCAUGAAGUCUUUGAAUUUUAUGAAGAAAUUCUUACAUGUAGAUAUCCAUAUUCCUGUUUUAAGACUGUAUUCAUUGAUGAGGCAUAUGUUGAAGUGGCUGCUUAUGCUUCCAUGAGCAUUUUUAGCACAAAUCUUUUACACAGUGCCAUGAUUAUAGAUGAGACACCUUUGACUAGAAGGUGUUUAGCCCAGUCCUUGGCCCAGCAGUUUUUUGGAUGUUUCAUAUCCAGAAUGUCUUGGUCUGAUGAAUGGGUGCUGAAAGGAAUUUCAGGCUAUAUUUAUGGACUUUGGAUGAAAAAAACUUUUGGUGUUAAUGAGUACCGCCAUUGGAUUAAAGAGGAGCUAGACAAAAUAGUGGCAUAUGAACUGAAAACUGGUGGAGUUUUACUACAUCCCAUAUUUGGUGGAGGAAAAGAGAAGGAUAAUCCAGCAUCCCAUCUACACUUUUCAAUAAAACAUCCACAUACACUCUCCUGGGAAUACUACACUAUGUUUCAGUGUAAAGCUCACCUUGUGAUGAGGUUGAUUGAAAAUAGGAUCAGUAUGGAAUUCAUGCUACAAGUUUUCAAUAAACUGCUAAGUCUGGCUAGCACUGCUUCAUCUCAGAAGUUCCAAUCACAUAUGUGGAUUCAGAUGUUGGUUUCCACAUCUGGGUUUUUGAAAUCCAUUUCAAAUGUGUCUGGCAAAGACAUCCAACCUUUAAUAAAACAGUGGGUAGACCAGAGUGGAGUGGUAAAAUUUUAUGGAAGUUUUGCAUUUAAUAGAAAACGGAAUGUCUUGGAAUUAGAAAUAAAACAAGAUUAUACAUCUCCUGGAACUCAGAAAUAUGUGGGACCACUUAAAGUGACAGUGCAGGAGUUAGACGGAUCCUUCAAUCAUACAUUGCAAAUUGAAGAGAACAGCCUUAAACAUGAUAUACCCUGCCAUUCCAAAAGCAGAAGGAAUAAAAAGAAAAAAAUCCCACUGAUGAAUGGAGAGGAAGUUGACAUGGAUCUUUCUGCAAUGGAUGCGGAUUCCCCCUUGCUGUGGAUAAGGAUAGACCCAGAUAUGUCAGUACUGAGGAAGGUAGAAUUUGAGCAAGCUGAUUUUAUGUGGCAGUAUCAACUCCGCUAUGAGAGGGAUGUUGUUGCACAGCAGGAAUCCAUUUUGGCCUUGGAAAAAUUCCCUACUCCAGCAUCUCGGCUUGCACUCACUGAUAUAUUAGAACAAGAACAGUGUUUCUACCGAGUAAGAAUGUCAGCUUGCUUCUGCCUUGCAAAGAUUGCAAAUUCAAUGGUGAGCACAUGGACAGGACCACCAGCUAUGAAGUCACUCUUUACUAGAAUGUUCUGUUGUAAAACUUGUCCAAACAUUGUGAAAACAAACAACUUUAUAAGUUUUCAAAGUUAUUUUCUGCAGAAGACUAUGCCAGUUGCGAUGGCUUUAUUAAGAGAUGUUCAUAACCUUUGUCCAAAAGAAGUCUUAACAUUUAUUUUAGACUUAAUCAAGUACAAUGACAACAGAAAAAAUAAGUUUUCAGAUAACUAUUAUCGUGCAGAAAUGAUUGAUGCCCUGGCCAACUCUGUUACACCUGCAGUCAGUGUGAAUAAUGAAGUUAGAACUUUGGAUAACUUAAAUCCUGAUGUACGACUCAUUCUUGAAGAAAUCACCAGGUUUUUGAAUAUGGAAAAACUUCUUCCAAGUUAUAGACAUACCAUUACUGUCAGUUGUUUGAGAGCCAUACGGGUACUUCAGAAGAAUGGACAUGUGCCAAGCGAUCCGGCUCUUUUUAAAUCUUAUGCUGAAUAUGGCCACUUUGUAGACAUUAGGAUAGCAGCUUUGGAAGCAGUUGUUGAUUAUACUAAAGUGGACAGGAGUUAUGAAGAACUGCAGUGGCUGCUUAAUAUGAUUCAAAAUGACCCUGUACCCUAUGUAAGGCAUAAGAUUCUAAACAUGUUGACUAAGAACCCACCAUUUACUAAGAACAUGGAGUCUCCCUUAUGCAAUGAAGCUCUGGUUGAUCAACUUUGGAAACUUAUGAAUUCUGGUGAGAGC